GGGGGCUGCUGAGCGCGACCGAGACCGGCGGGAGCGGCGGAGGCGGCGCCGGCGCUUUGUGCGAGCCGCGCGGCGGGGGAGGCCUGCGGGGCCUGGGCUGCCCUGCCGCCGCGGGGCCGGUCUCCGGCGGCGGGGAGGCGCCCGACUGCCCCACCUUCCCUCGGCGCUUCACAGUAAAAUGGGAAUAAUUCAUCACAAACUGCUGGUGCUGCAAGGGUUAAUUACUUAAUAUUAUAAAGGGAUUCGAAGAUUAAAAAGGCCCUACAACUUUACAUGUGGAUACCAUCAAAAAUGAGGCUGAGAACACGGAAGGCUUCUCAGCAGUCAAAUCAAAAUCACACACAGCGUGCAUUGAGAGUAAAGAGGAAAUACUCAGAUGUGGAGGAGAACAUAACCGUUGGUGGAGGAAAACUUCAGAAAAAUGAAACUGGUUUACUAUCCUCAAUUAAAAAGUUCAUUAAAGGAAGUACCCCAAAGGAUGAACGAGAACAUGCUGCAAAGAGAAGUAGAAUUGAACGUGACAUAGAGGACAACUUAAUUGCAUCCACUCCUCGGACAGGAGAAAAGCCUAAUAAACAGCUUUCUCGAGUUAGGCGGAAAAGUCAAGCAAAUGGAGAAGCUGGGAAUUAUGAAAUGGCAAACCAGCAUGUCCGGCAAAAUGGAAAAUUGGAUGAUAAUCCCACCAGCUGCAGCCCCCCCAGGACUACAUUAUUGGGGACCAUAUUUUCUCCUGUUUUCAAUUUUUUCUCACCAGCAAAUAAAAAUGGAACAGUGGGCUCGGAUUCUCCCGGCCAAGCUGUGGAGGCUGAAGAAAUCGUGAAGCAGCUCGAUAUGGAGCAGGUGGAUGAGAUCAUUACCAGCACUGCCGUCUCAGCCAACGGAGGAGCGCCCUACGCCAGCCAGGCAGCCCAGGUCCGAACAGCCAUCAGCACCGUCUUGGAAGAAGUGGAGGAUGUGGCUGACUGUGAUCUGCCUCCGCUGACCGCACCAGUAUCUCCAGACAGUGGUUAUUCAUCAGCUCAUGCAGAAGCCACCUAUGAAGAAGACUGGGAAGUCUUUGAUCCGUACUACUUCAUCAAACAUGUUCCACCGCUAACAGAAGAACAACUUAAUCGGAAGCCUGCUCUUCCAUUGAAAACCAGAAGUACUCCAGAGUUCUCGUUAGUUCUAGACUUGGAUGAAACAUUAGUCCACUGUAGUCUAAAUGAAUUGGAAGAUGCUGCACUCACGUUUCCAGUCCUUUUCCAGGAUGUCAUUUACCAGGUUUAUGUGCGGUUAAGACCAUUUUUCAGAGAAUUCUUGGAAUGUAUGUCCCAAAUUUAUGAGAUCAUUCUUUUUACUGCUUCUAAAAAGGUCUAUGCAGACAAAUUGCUGAAUAUAUUGGACCCUAAAAAGCAGCUGGUCAGGCAUCGACUUUUCCGCGAACAUUGCGUUUGUGUGCAAGGGAACUACAUAAAAGAUUUAAAUAUCCUUGGUAGAGAUCUCUCAAAAACGAUCAUCAUUGACAAUUCACCACAAGCCUUUGCCUAUCAGCUUUCAAAUGGAAUUCCUAUAGAAAGCUGGUUCAUGGAUAAAAAUGACAAUGAACUUCUAAAGUUGAUUCCUUUUCUGGAAAAACUUGUAGAACUGAAUGAAGAUGUUCGACCGCACAUCCGAGACAGAUUUCGCUUGCAUGACUUACUACCCCCUGAUUAAACUCAAUCUUUGGUCAAAGAGCUGAAGGGAAAGAAAAUGCAGGAUCCUUUUUCUU